CUCACCCAGAAGACACGAAAUUAAACGCUCCCUAAAAAUAUUGGGUUAUACCUCUCGAAUUUCCGUGAAUGUAUAUAAAUAGCUGAUGCAAAGCCCUCAUUUGUCCCCCAUAAGGCCGGAAUUUGCCAAAGAGCCGGAUUUACACCAGUGUAAUGAACCAACCGAUUACUUAACAAACGAGUUUGUGGAUAAAAUUGAAUUGAGGGGUACAUACAAUGGAUAGUGAAGUGACUGGAGCCAGUGCUGACUCGGAUGGAUCCGUUAGUUGGGAGGAUUUUUUCGGUACAUCAACAGAUCUGGUGCCCCAGCUCCUGGGGGUAUUCGACGAGUUGGCACGUAAGGAUCACGUUAAUAAUCACGGCGAUCAGAUACCAGCAGCAAUCCAGAAGCGUCUGAGUCUGGUUGCUGCACAUUCACAGCGUAAUACCAUAUUCGGUCAGAUCUGUGGUGCUGGCUACACGGAAAACCAUUCGACGAUGAAAGAGACAGAAACACCAAAAGUAACUGUUAACCAUGAGGACGAGAGGAAAGAGAGUACCAAGGGAUGCGUUAAUGCAACUGGCGAUAAAUAUAAUAAUGAUAGAUUGACCCCCGAACAUGCAUUGUCCGUACGACAGAAGAAACAUCUGGGGAGGCCACUUUCUGGGAGUUCCAUUGCCUCCAGUACGUCUUCCAGUGGUGGUAGCAAUCAGGAAAAUAAUGUUUCCGCUAAUCCGUAUUUGGCCUCCGUCGAGUCACUGGCUGAUGCUUGUGCCAGUUCACAAGUAUCCGGAGAUAGUGGAGUAGGAGGAGGUUCAUCAGAGGAGACACUAGACCCCCUAAACCGUAGAAAGCCGAAUGUCCAGGACUCAUCAACCGUGGAGAGAGUUCUCCUGGAGAUCGUGGACACCGAGGCUAUUUACGUUGAACACCUGUGCCAAGUAAUCCAGGGAUAUCUGAUAGUCUGGAGAGACGAUCCCAAUUCUCUCCUCACUGACUUCGAGUUGACACACCUCUUCAACAACAUCGAGGACAUCUUCAACUUCAACAAUCAAUUCCUGAAGGAGAUAAAAGACUGCCAGUUGGAGCCAAUUCUAGUAGCCAACACCUUCAUAAAGCACAAUCUGGGAUUCAAAGUGUACACUGAAUACUGUACGAAAUAUCCACGUGCUGUUUCCAUCCUGACGGAGUUGAUGGGUCGUGAGGAGACAGCAAAGGCAUUCAGGGAGAGACAGGAGGCCCUGGGACACGCCUUGCCCCUCGGUUCCUUCCUCCUAAAACCUGUCCAGAGGAUUCUCAAGUAUCAUCUCCUUCUGGAGAAUUUAUCCAAGGAGCUCGAGGCAGAUGAGACCUGGAGGAACUCCAAUCGGGGCAAAAGCACCAUCGAGGAGGCUCUCAAGGCCAUGACUGGUAUCGCUGAGCACAUCAAUGCUAUGAAGAGAAAGCACGAGCAUGCAGUCAGGGUUCAGGAGAUUCAAUCACUGCUUUAUGGGUGGAGUGGGCCUGAUCUCACCACAAAUGGGGAGCUCAUUGCCGAGGGGAGAUUCAGAAUGCGAGGGGCCAAGGCACCUAGACAUGCUUUUCUCUUUGAACGAAUGCUACUGCUCACUAAGAAAAAAGAGGAUGGAUUGCUCGUUUAUAAAGCUCAUAUCAUGUGCUCCAAUCUCAUGCUCAUCGAGAGCAUUCCUGGUGAACCCUCCAGCUUCCACGUCAUUCCUUUUGAUAAUCCCAGGUUGCAGUACACUUUGCAGGCACGAAAUUUGGAGCACAAGAGGGAAUGGACACUUCAGAUAAAACGAGUGAUGCUGGAGAACUACAACGCAGUGAUUCCAAUUCACGCUCGUCAAUUGGUCCUGCAGCUGGGGCAGUCCCAGCAGGACGAAGAGUCGAGUACCGAGAAAAUAUCGAUGAAGAAACUGUAUUCAUCACCCCCAGAGUACCUGGAGCGAAGAAAGCAGGAGAAAGAUCGAAGAAGAUCAGAGGCAGGACUGAGACCAAAAGCGAAGAAAAUCCCUGCGAAAUUCGAUGGCAACGAGAAUUCCUCGUUCUCCCUCUCGUCGGUUUCGUCCUCCUCCUCGACGACCUCUUCCUCAUCCUCUCAGAGAGAUCAGAGUCUGAACAGAUCCCUGGACGGACGAGCCUCUAGGGUCAAGGAGAAAUUGACAAACUGGAGGCGAAAAUCCGAACCAGGAUUCCAGUCGUACGUGUCAUUCAAUCACUCCGAUGAUGACCAGGACAAGGUGACCAUUAACGAAGAGUCCAACAAUAAUCAGAAUAAUCUCCCAACGAGCCCUGAGACUCCUGAGAACCCAGGGAGUUCCCCAAUCCCUGAAGAUCGACGAGAGGAGAACCUGAAGAAUAAUUUUACCAACAAAGACGUGAACAUCGAGCCUCAGACAGUAGAGCAGAUCGUCGGUCACAUUCUCAUGCAGAACGAGGAGUUUCAGAAACUCCUGGAGAAGCAGAGGAAUAAUAGCAUGACGAAUGUGAGACAACAGCAACGAUUCCACAAGGAGCAGACCUCCAGCAUCCCCAUGGACACGUCAGAGGAAAGUGACAACUGCUGUGAGAAUUACACCACUCCCUCCAUAAACAACAGAAUAACUCGAUUAAGCAGAAUUACAGGAGUAACUCGAGAGAGGAGAGAGUACAGAUCGGUUCGUUCCAACAAUAACUCCUGGAACGCCACCUCCCAGAGAUAUCAAUCAGAUAAAAUUACUGGUUCUCACCUGCGACUGCAGUACAAUAAUUUCAAACCAGAUAACGAUCAAAGAACCCAUGACAAGACGUUCAAACGUCAAAGCAUUUUAACUGAGAGUAAAAUAAUAAAAACCGCCCUGAGGAUGAACGACGAGUCCAAGGAGGAAAUCAAGGUUGAGAGUCCCACACGUCCCUCCGUCUGGUUGACAAAACUCUGCGAGGAUCUGCCAACGUCACCUCAGAAGUCGGGAUCACUUCCUCGAAGCUUUCAGAUUAAUUCAGACAAUUAUCCCCAGGAGAAGAUAACCAAGUCGAGAUUUCUCCAGAGGGAUGGAAAACCACUGAACGAGAGGCCCUUCACUAUCGCCUCGGACAAACCCGAGGAGAUCACCCUCGAGGACAUGGAGAGAUACUCGUAUCAGUCUGAAGAGCAGAUCAAUAAAUUAUCGAAUUCAGAAUUAAACUCAGCCUCGACGUUCUUCUGCUCUCUGGAGGACAAUUCAACAGUAGACUCAGACUCCGACAGGAUACAUCCGGAUCACAAGAUCUACAGGAACACCGUUGGCAGUACAAUGCUCAAGAAUGUUCUGUCGAAAGCUGGUAGUCGACUCCAGGGGCUGCGACUGACCCUCAGCACAGAGACACUCGAAUCCAGUGAUUCCCUGGGGGAUGGAAAGCCCAGGACUCACAAGGGUAAGAAGAGGAGUAAAUCGAAACUCUUAAGGAUGUCCAGGGAGUCCUCGACGGACGUCGACGAGCCCUCGUCUGGGUGUGUCCCUGGAAUUACCUCUGGUGAAGUUAAAAGUCAUUCCCUGUAUUAUGAGCAGGGGAGUGAGGGCCUGGGGGCAAGGAUUGCCCAAGCAGAUUAUGCCGAUCCCUCUGUCCUCUUUGGGUCGUACUUCGAGGGGAAAAUGCUGGGAAAGCCAGUCAAGAGUGAUGUCCUUGAUGACAAAUCCUCUGGGGACGAGGACGAGGUGGAGGCUGACACGAAGGAGUCUGACUGCUUUUAUGAAAAAUCCUUCGAGACUAUUGAGGAUUAUCACACGUUGGUUCACAAUGAGGGGAGGGACGACGCCUUCAGGGACAGUGCAAUAUUUAGUGAUAAUGAGAGCACCUCGGGGAAGGGGGAACCUCUGGGAGAGACCAGGAAGAUUCCACCACCUGUACCUGUCAAGAGCUGGCAGGUGUCAAGUGGAAUUGGGGCAAAGCCCACUAUUGCUGCUAAACCUGAUAAUUUGAAAUUCAGGAAUAGGCAGUUUAAGGCUGUCAGGGUCGCCCUGGUAUCUGCCAGCGAUCUGAGGGGUGAAGGGGAUAUUUCAGCUGGACAGAGUCAGGCUGGAUGGGUGAGGAAAAUGGUUGGACAGCUCCAGGCUCAGAUCGAAACGUAACAUUUUUAUUGCCAUUCAGUACAAUUGUAUUAUUUCGGGGAGAGUAAUCCCUUCAGGAAGCUCUCACGAUUUUCAAGGAUCUCUGAUGUCUUUUCAAAUUAUUUUUAGCUCUUAAGGUUUUUUUUAUUCUCAAAUACGCGUUUUUUUUUAAAUAAUGAUUCGAGAUCAAAAACGAGGAAUGAAAUCAAAAGGCAUUGGGGGGUUUAUCGGACUCUAGAUCGAAAAUUAUCGACUAUAGGAGGGAAAUCGAUAGGACUUGAUUUGUAGCUGAUUAAAAUUCAGAGAAAAAGUUCUUUUGAGGUUUUCUCGUAGGAUCAAUGGUUUUUGAAAUUAAUUGAGGAUUUGUGAAGUUGGGAUGCGUGAGUUUAGAGUGUGGAUGAAUCAGGAGUUCUUGGAUGUCCUCUGGGCGUUGAUAAGGUCAAUUAUUAUCUUGAUAAUUCCGCAGUAGAUGUGUAAGGUGAUAUUGUACGCAACUGUGUGACAAUGGAUUCUAGUAUUUUAGAUAACAAAAUUUUUGGAGACUUACUCGCAAUGAAAGAGACGAUAAUUGAUAUUGUUGUUUUAUUGGGAGAAUUGUUUCCUAUUUACAAUAUAAUUUUUGCUAGUCGUUUAUACAUAAUACAAUGAUUGUAAAUAACUGACAAAUAAACAGUUCAAUACUGUCAUUUAA